AUGGCAUCAAAACGGCCGCCGAAUCUGAGUUUCAUUGAGAACCCAUUUAUCAAGAAGCGAAAUUUAGAAUGGUCGCUUGAUGUGCCGGGGUCAAAGACUGAUGAUGUCGGAGAAGGACAGGAGAGUAGAGAAGAGGAGGAGUUGGAGAGACGGAAUACUACAGCCGACGACGGGGCGGGUCAAGAUGCGGUUGUGAUACCGGACUCACCACCCCGCGAGCCCGAUCAUAAUCCCGAAACUGAGCCCAAGAUCAAGCCCGAGACUACUACAAACCUCUCAGCAGCGUUAGAAUCCGGCGCCGUGACGCAACCAGACCCGGCGGCGCACUUCUUCACCCACCUGGCGCAACAUACCCUCAACCCUUACCCUGCCCAUACGCCGCACCUCUCCGCCAACGUCGGCGGCGGCGGCGGCGGCCUGCGAUCGCUCUUCCUCUCGCACGUCGGGUCGAAGCGGGGCGCGCACUUUGUGGUGCACCAGCACGACCACCCGAUCGCGGGCGUGCACUACGACCUCCGGCUGCAGGUGAACGCGACGAGCAGCAUUGAAUCGGAAUGCGACGGAGACGAGGGUGCAUUGUCUUUGGAAUCAUGUGGUUGA